UGGCAAAACCCUGAGCAGCUGCGAGGUGGCGAAGGCCCCAAUCCCGGAGCUGGUUUCCCCGGAGCUGCAGAGGACCGUUAAGAGCCUCUCUGAGAUGACCCAGCUGGUCAUGGAUGUGGUGGCCGAAUUCAAAGUGAAGCUGCUGAGCGAGAUGGACAGAGAAAGGGUGAAGGUGACACUGGACCCAGAGACGGCAAGCCCAUACCUGAUCCUAUCGAAGGACCACAAAACCGUGCGGCUGGGAGAAUGGCAGCAAAAGCUCCCCGACACCCCCAAGAGAUUCACAGGCAGCCCCAGCGUACUGGGCUCCGAGGGGUUCACGGGUGGGAGGCAUUACUGGGAGCUGGAGGUAGGGGAUGGGGACAGCUGGGCCGUGGGGGUGGCCGUGGAGUCCGUGCGGAGGAAGGACUCGCUCACCAUGGCCAUGGGGAAGAUCUGGGCCCUGCGGCUGGACUGGAAUCGCCAGUACACGGCGCUCCACGUGCUCCCCGCCCCGCUGGAACUGGAGCAAGAGCUCCGGCAGAUCAGGGUCCACCUGGACUACGAAGCGGGCCAAGUGACCUUCUACAAUGUGGAGAAUAUGAUGCAGAUCUUGCAAUUCAAGGCCUCCUUCACUGAGAAGGUCUUCCCAUACUUUUGGCUCUGGUCACAAGAAACCUACAUCCAGCUGUGUGCCUGACAUGGUCGGAUGCCUCCCGGUCCCCUGCCCAUGCCUUUGGCUAGCUGAGCAGGCAAGAGGUGUGGGAAUGAUGCAGCAUCGCGUUGCAAACUCACUGCAGCUCUGCCUGCGCUGGAUCCCCUCUGCACAUUGCUGCAUCUCCUCCUGCCAAGUCCUUUGGAGCAUUAAAGAUGUGUUGUCCUGCC